AUGCCAUCGCUUGAGGACUUUUCAAAGAAUCGACUGUCGCCGCGGUUAGCUUUCCUGCGGCGGCGGGUCAAGUUAUCUAAAGGGAACAGCAUUACGAUACCAUUAGGAGUAAUCCUACUUUUCCCUGUAACAGUUGUCCUUCUUAUACUCGUCCUAUUCAUUCGACACCCCGAUUCCCCCGCAAGAAUACUGAUCCCAUCUGGAUCUCCUCCGUCGAUAAGGAAAAUCUCUGAAGAAUUCGAUAAGCCCUUUGUUACAGGAUGCUUGGAACCCGAGACGAACACACCGCGGGCAAACGCGGCGUUCGUUGUGCUUGCCCGGAACAAGGAGUUGGAAGGUGUUAUUCAGUCUCUCAAGUCAAUCGAACGUCACUUCAAUCGCUGGUACCACUAUCCCUACGUCUUCCUCAAUGACGGCGUCUUCAACGAGGAGUUCAAGAACGCUGUUCAGAACUACACCAGUGGUUCGGUUGAGUUUGGAAAGAUUGACUCCAGCAUGUGGGGAUUCCCUGAUUGGGUAGAUCAUGAUGAGGCUGCAGAAUCGAUCGCAAAGCAAGGAGAUGCGGCAAUUAUGUACGGUGGCAUGGCCAGUUACCAUCACAUGUGUCGGUUUUACUCUGGGUUUUUCUACAAGCACGAGUUGCUGGCAAAGUACGAAUGGUACUGGCGCUUGGAGCCCGAGAUCAAGUACUUCUGUGAUAUCACUUACGAUCCGUUCUUGCACAUGGCAAGGAAUAACAAGACAUACGGUUUCACAAUUGCGGUCAAGGAACUAAAGGAAACAGUGCCCAACCUUUUCCGCUAUGCGUCCGCAUAUAAAAGAACCAACAACGUUACAUCCAAGGGACUAUGGGAGAUGUUCCUUGAGAAACCGGAACCACCCAAGGAGAAGAAAUUGGACAAGCUUCCUGAAGAGGUGUUGAAGCUUGACCCUAACAGCGGAAAGCUCCCAGAUGUUGAUCCAGAUGCAAUGGAGUCGGAAAAGUACAACAUGUGUCAUUUCUGGAGUAACUUUGAAAUCGCUCGUUUGGACUUUUUCCGAAGCAAACCCUAUGAGGAUUUCUUCCAAAUGAUGGAUAAAAGUGGCGGUUUCUGGACAGAACGGUGGGGAGAUGCCCCAAUUCAUUCUCUUGCCGCUGGUGCCCUCCUUGGUCCCGCAGAUAUUCACUAUUUCCGUGACUUUGGUUAUCGACACACCACGAUCCAGCACUGUCCGGCUAAUGCUCCCGCUCGACAGCUUCCUAGACCAAAAUUCAUUGAGAAAACAACCACCGAUCCAAAGAAGGCAAAAGAAGAGGAUGACUACUGGCAACAUUGGGAUGCCGAGAAGGAGAAUGGAGUGGGGUGCAGGUGCAGAUGUGAUACUGAUAUUCUGGAUAUUGAAGGAAAGCCAGGAAGUUGUCUUUCUGAGUGGGUAGAAGUGGCAGGCGGUUGGACAUCGGCAUGA